AUGCCGCCGGACCUCCAGAUCAACUGGAUGCGCCCGGUGUCCGUGCGCGGGCCGACGCCCGUGCAGCUGCUUCUUGACUGGUUCGUGGCCAACGAGGACUCGUACCUUCAGUCUCGCGACCAGUUCAAGGAGCUGCGCCGUCUCGCCAAGCAGCUCAACUCGCGCGGCGUCAAGUGCGACCUAGACGACAUUCUGGCGGACUUCCAGCAGUUACAGGAGCUGCUACUGGACGAGGCCACGCUGAGCCACGCCAUAUUCAAGGACCUAUUACCCCAUCGAGAGAGGCUCCUGCACCUUGUGCUAGUCACUAAACAGGAGCCCGAUCAAGAAGAAAAAGAAGAGAAGAAACCGCAGUCCGACACCGGUAAAGUCCGUAACUUUAGUUGGCACAGUCCGUCACCGACUGGAGGUCCGAGUGCUAUGGAGAUGCUGGUCACCUGGUUGGAGCUCAACUAUGGCAAGCUUAUUCGCGCUAUGGAGAAGAGACAAACGUAUAAAGUGUUAGAGGAGCUCGUGGAGCAGAUUAAGGCCGCGGGUCAUUCCGGGUGUACAUUCUCGAAAGUUCAGUCGCAGAUCGGCCAUCUGCAGCUGAAUUGGAGGAGGGGGCAGCGAUAUGCAGGUGCAAUGUCACCGUACGCCGGCCGUCUGCAAAAAGUUUUCAAAGGGGGAAAAGUACCGAGUCGACGCCAUGCUCGCAAGAAUGCGGAGCGGACCAGAGCAGAUGCCAAAGCUCCAGCAGUUAGUGAAGAAGGGGGCAAUAAAGGGCAAAGCGGCGACAGGAAUACGUUCUUCUGGCUCGCUCCGUCGUGUACUGGUGGACCUUGCGCUACGGAGAUAAUGGUGACCUGGCUAGAGCGCAACUAUGGAGAGUUGAGUCGCGCCAUUAAGAAGAAGCAAGGAGCGAAUAUGCUGAAGGAGCUGAAGCAAAAGAUUGAGGCCUCUGGUCACACCGGGUGCACUUUGUCGAGGAUUCGCUCUCAAAUGCACGGCUUACAACAGCAAGUGGAACGAAGCCAGUUGUCGGAAAAUCUGUCCCCGUACAAAGCGCGUCUUCGAGAAAUCUUCGGUGGAGAAACUGCCCCGAUACGUCGCUCUCCUUCCAAUGAUUUGGAUAGCGAUGAUGGCAACAGCACGGAAAGUGAAACCCCGCAUGACUGA